AUUUUAUUCAUGUUGAAAGUGUAAAACAGAUUUGUAGUAAUUGUAAGAAGGCUAUUAAGUACAGGUCUCUUAAGCAUCUACCAAAACCAUGGAUUGUAAAUCUACACUGAUUUAGAGUCAAUUCGUUGGUUAAAUGUUUAUAUAUUUAUUGUUGAAUACUUAGACGUCUUUGUUUAGCUAGUGUUAGAUUGCUAACACUAUUGACACUUCAUAUCGACAUUUGGCUGUGCCGUGUGAAAUAAACCUAUUUGAAAUAGUUCUCUUUUGUAUCAAUAACUCAGAUGAUUUAUAGAGGUCAUUGUUGACAAACACGCUGAUGAUGACGAUGUGGUGGUGGUGAUGCUGUUAAAUAAAACUGAAAACAUCAUUAUUAAGAGCUUUGAAAGGACAAUUUCAAGUGUCCAGGUAGACGGGGUGAAGAGGCUAUUCCAUAAGGCGAGGGAUGGUUUAAAUAAUGUUACGUUGUCAAUAGUUGUGGGCAUUGUUUGAAAAGUUUGCAUUGAUCAACGGAUUUCAACUUAACUAACUUAGAUAUCGAACAAAGACUCCAACACGUUUUAUUUCAAAUCCUAUACAUUUGAAAAUCAAGAGAUUGUUUUAAUUUAACAUUUGCUGCAUGUGUAGGGUACUCGGACUUGACAUUUAUUGUCCCGCGUGUGCAUCGUGACUCCUGAAGUUGCUACGAACUUAGUCAACUUCUGCUGGGGAACAUUGGCGGCGAAUUUUGGAUGGCCGGCGCGGCUGUGCGGACUGCGACUUAUGGGCUGCGGUAGCGGGCGGCCGAUGGAUCCACGGGACACGGCGGACUGGGAGGACGGCGAGGUGGGUGAGACGCGGGGUGUCCACUGGCAGACAGAGCAGGAUGAGUUGCUCACGGAGUACGGCUCCCAUCUCCAGAGCGCCUACCAGUCGCGUGCUGGAACCGCAAAGUCUCGCGCAAGGAGCGCGCGCAUAGGAAGCGCAUACACAGGACUGACCGCAUCGACGACGAUCCAGGAAGCAGAGUGGACGAUGUUGUCUGAUGAUGAGGGGACGAUGGUUGACGAGGACGAGAUGCCGGGCCUCCGAGCGCCCUCCCUGUCCCUAUGGUACAACGACAACGAGGCGGGUGACAUUCUCAUUCAGGAUGUAUAUGUACCACGCAUGGGCCUCGCCCGCAACACCUACUACUGCUGCCUACAGUGGAACGCAGGGAUGGAAGGGGGUGGAUACUGUGGGAUCCAGGAUCAUCCGCGGGGCCGUAACUUCAUAUUUUCCUUGUGGGACCCACCUCGGGGUGAAGGCGCGAUCCGGCCCAUAUACGUGGGUCCUGGGACGAUCUGCGAGCCGUUCGGGGGAGAAGGGACGGGUCUUAAGACCUGGAAUUUCUCACUGGGCUGGGAACCGGAUCUUUGGUACACGCUUGUUACGCGCCGCUGGGGCCACGACGACCACUCGUACUUCGGCUUUUGGGUGUACAAACACAUGGCACAGGAAUGGACGCAUCUGGUCACGCUAGACUACCCCGUGCCUGAUGUGUGCUUUGACACGCUUUCAUGUAGCUUCCUUGAGGAUUGGGAGGGAGGCGGUGACGAAGUUAGAAGAGUCCACUUCCAGAACGGCUUCAAACACAACCUGACCGGCGGCUGGAUGCCGUUUACUGCAGCCGCCUUUAGUGUGGUCCGCGAAGCCUCCAGUCGCGCAUAUGAGAACAAUUUCGACACUGGCGUUCUCGACGGUACGUUCUAUCUUCAGUCGGGCGGAGAUACAAUACCUACAACGACAGCCGUCGAUGGCGGAACGAUCCGCCGAGAGAUGACGCCAAAACCGGAUAUGCUUCCCAUAUGCUGCUACCUGACAUCCGUCACAGAUACGGAAAUCACGUGGGAAAUACCGGAAGGAAGUAUCCCUCAGUUUCAAUACAUUAUUUAUAUUGACCGCAGCAUCUACAAACAGGAAGUUAACUCUGAACACAGACUGUGUAUGUUUAAAGCGCCUCCGACAGAAGUGGUCGAACUACUUGUUGAGGAUAUUUAUGGGCGCAGUGUGCGCUCUAAGUUUAGGGUUCGAGAGGAGAAAAAGCGUACCAAAUUGAGGACAAGAAUGGACGUUUACAUGCCAAGCUCAACUCUUCUGGCUAAACAUCCUAGUAAAUCAUACUAACUUAAUUGUAAACUGAUUUAACAUAGAAAUUUUACUUGCUAGCCGAUGUGAUUGUUUUUAUUUUAUUUUAUGCCAAAAAGAAAAUUACAGUUUGCGGAAAAUUUCUCAAAUAGAACCUUUACCAGAAAAAGAAGAAUGUGAGAGUUUUGUAGAGAUUGAUAAUAUUGGAGAUGAAAAUGAAUUUUUUUCAGAUAUGUGGCUGCACAAUCUGAAUCUGACAGUUGAUGACAAAAAUGAAAUUUCCUGCAGCCCCAUAGCAUAAAGAGCAGAUUGUACAGUGAAUACAAACAUUUAUUUUCAUAGAGGGUCUAGAUAUAUUUGUGAAAUCAGCUAUCGAAUCGUAUUGACAGCUACAUGUAUUAAGUACACAUUUAAAAUAUUUAUGUGACAAUAUUCAAAUAAGAAUUAAACAUUUACGUUAGA